AUGACGUUUUCUGUAUUGAACUUGCAGAGCCCAUUUCCCAACUCAUCAGGGAUGCCCUGGUCUUUUCAUAACUUGAUCGAAUUAGAAGUGAAAUGGAAUUUUGUUAAAAAGAUUAUUCCGUCCAGUGAGUUGCUGCAACUGCAAAAGCUUGAAAAGAUUCAUGUCAAGCACUGUGAUUGGGCAAUUGAGGUAGUUGAGGCAUUGGAAGAAGCAGGGAGAAAUAGAAAUAGUAUUAGUGGACAUGGUUUUGAUGAACCAUCACAAACUACUACUAUUGUCAGACUGUCAAACUUAACACAAGUGAAGUUAGAUAAUCUAGGUAGUCUGAGGAAUAUAUGGAAGAGCAAUCAGUGGACAACAUUUGAGUUUCCAAACCUAACAACACUUUAUAUAUAUAAAUGUGAUAGAUUACGACAUGUUUUUAGUGGUUCCAUGGUUGGUAGUCUAUUGCAACUCCAAGAGCUACAUAUAACCGACUGUGACCUUUUGGUGGAUGUAAUUGUGAAAGAUGCAAGUGGUGUUGUAGAAGAGGAAUCUGAUGGCAAGUCGAAUGAGAUACUUGUGUUACCUCAUCUAAAGUCCUUAUCUCUUUAUUAUCUUCGAUGUUUUCAGGGGUUUAGCUUGGGGAAGGAGGAUUUUUCAUUCCCAUUAUUGGAUACAUUGGUAAUCAAGGAAUGUCCAACAAUACGGACUUUCACCAAGGGAAAUUUAGCUACUCCAAAGCUAAAAGAAAUAGAAACAAGAUUUGGCUCGUUUUAUGCAGGGGAAGACAUCAACUCCUUUAUAAAGAUCAAACAAAAGGAAUUCUCAGACAACUGGGACUAUGAUUAA